GGGGGCAAAUACUUUUCCACAGCACUGUGGGUGUGUACGCAUGUUAGAUAUGUGCAGGGGAACACUCGCUGAUUGAUUUCAUUUUAGAAAUUUAGGUCGAAAUUUGGUGCUUCACUAAAAGAUCACUUUAUUAUAUCGGCUUUUAUUAUCACGAUAUACGGAAAUAUCGAUAUACUGUAACACCUGUAGUGAUUUGUUUAUAUAUCACCUCUAGCACAAAAAAAAGACUGAACCUGGAUGUGUGUGUGUGUGUGUGUGUGUGUGUGUGUGUGUGUGUACAUUGAACAUGCUGGAACAGGAUUCUGAGCUGCCCACCCAAUAAAAUAUGUACGUUCUGCAUUCCAGUGAUUAUUCUCCGCCUAGAGACACAUCAUGGCUGCUCCUGGACAGAAGGUGGUGUUGAUCACGGGUUGUUCUUCAGGAAUAGGGCUGUGGAUUGCUACGCUGCUUGCUAAAGAUGAACAACAGAGAUAUUACGUCUUAGCUACGAUGAGGGACCUGAAGAAGAAAGAGCGGUUGUUGGAGGCGGUGGGUGAUGUGUACGGGAAAACUCUCUCUCUCCUCACACUUGACGUGUGCAGUGACGAGUCUAUCUCAGAGUGUAUCAACAGCAUUAAAGACAGACACAUAGACAUUCUGAUUAAUAACGCAGGUGUGGGUCUGGUCAGCCCGGUGGAGUGUGUGUCCAUGGAGGAGGUGCGGAGUGUGUUUGAGACUAAUGUGUUCGGAGUGAUCAGGAUGAUUAAAGCCGUUGUUCCGGACAUGAAGAAACGCCGAGCGGGACACAUCAUCAUCAUCAGCAGCACCAUGGGCCUGCAAGGCGUGGUGUUUAACGAUGUCUACGCUGCGUCUAAGUUCGCUGUCGAGGGGUUUUCUGAAAGUCUUGCUGUGCAGCUGCUCAAGUUUAACAUCAUCGUAUCGAUGAUCGAGCCCGGGCCUGUCCACACUGAUUUCGAGCUGAAAAUGACGGAGCGUAUCUCUCAGAAAGACUACCCUGGACUUGAUGCUGAAACGCUGCACUACUUCAAGGAUGUUUAUCUCCCUGCAUCAGUGGACGUCUUUCAAACACUCGGGCAAACGCCCCAGCAGAUCGCCAUGAUCACUAAGCAGGUGAUUGAGACGCGGCCUCCUCGUUUCCGCACCCUCACGAACCCUCUGUACACGCCGCUGGUGGCUCUGAAGAUGGCCGACGAGGGCGGAGACCUGUCCGUACGCUCGCUUUAUCACCUGCUCUUUAACCUGGGCGGAGUCAUGAAGAUCAGCAUGAACACACUCAAGUGCCUCACCUGUGCGUGUUUACGGACUAGAACUGUCUCACCUGACUAA